CAUUAUUGUUGUUGGCUCCAUGUCCGAGGCGGUGUGCAUAAAUAAACAGUUUCAGCAUGCUACUCGGCCUCUCCUCUCACUUCCUUUUCCUCUUUAUCUCCACCUUCACUUCGACCUCGGUCUUUUCUCCACACACCUCCCUCUUCAUCUACAUAUACAUCAUAUAUACCAAAGAUGCCUUCCGAACAAAAGAUCGGCUUCAAGUCCGGUGAGUCUAAUUACCUCGCUUUCUUUUUCUUCAAAUGACAAUGGCACUGGCAUUGGCAUUGGCAUUGGCAUGAUAUGGCGUAUCUCUCGCCUCUUGAAGACUGAUUUGUGCAAACGAACAACAAUGCCCUUUGAUGCCUCCAGUAGCAGUAGACAAAACCUCACUCUCCUUUGUCCCUGCAUCUUUCAAACCCACCCCUCCCUCCCGCACUAAUUCCCUACCCGCCACAGCCCUCAACGAGCUCGAUGACAAGCGCAUCAAGGAGAUCAAGCCCUUGAUCCCUCCUCAGAUCCUCAUGGAGGACUUGCCUCUCUCCCUCGCUGCCGCCCAGACCAUUAUCGUCGGACGCCAUGCUGCAGAGGAGAUCAUCAAGGGCAGAGAUGACCGUCUCCUGGUCAUUGUCGGACCUUGCUCCAUCCACGACACCAAGGCCGCCAUCGAAUACGCCCACAAGCUGAAGGCUUACUCUGCCGAGGCUAAAGAGGAUCUGGCCAUUAUCAUGCGAGUGUACUUUGAGAAGCCAAGGACGACUGUUGGCUGGAAGGGUCUGAUCAACGAUCCUCAGCUCAACAACUCUUUCCAGAUCAACAAGGGUCUCCGUGUUGCACGCACACUUCUUCUCGAUUUGAACGAGAUGGGUGUGCCUGCAGGAUGCGAGUUCCUCGACACCAUCUCGCCUCAGUACGUCGGAGAUCUCGUCUCCUGGGGAGCUAUUGGUGCACGCACCACCGAGUCUCAGAUCCAUCGUGAGUUGGCCUCAGGUCUGUCUGUGCCAGUAGGUUUCAAGAACGGCACCGACGGCAACGUUGGCGUCGCCAUCGACGCCAUCAAGUCUGCUUCCUCUGGACACCACUUCCUCUCCGUCACCAAGCAGGGUCUUUCGGCCAUUGUCUCGACAGAGGGCAACGACUCUUGCCACGUCAUCUUGCGUGGAGGCGUCAAGGGUCCCAAUUACGAGGAGGCCGACGUCAAGGCUGUCGCUGAUAAGUUGGUCGCUGCCAAGUUGUCAGCCCGUAUCAUGAUCGACUGCAGUCACGGUAACAGUUCCAAGGUCUUCUCAAGACAGAUGAUUGUGGCCGAGGAUAUCGCUAAACAGCUGGCAACAUCAGAUAUCUCUGGAGACGCCAUCACAGGAGUCAUGAUUGAGUCGCAUUUGAAGGAGGGUCGUCAGGAUAUCCCUGAAAGUGGUCCCCAGGGUUUGGUCUAUGGUCAAUCUGUCACAGAUGCGUGCAUCUCCUGGGAGAACACGGUCGAAUUGCUCAACAACCUUCGUGAGGGUGUCCGCCAGCGCCGCAUCAGGAGAGCUGGAAGCGCUUAAGUCAUACCGAACGUAUUGGCUCCGCAUACAUUUUUUUACGCACUGUUUCUUUUGCAUCCUUGUUUUUCAUAUUGUUCAAUUAUUCGCCCAAAUCAAAUAUCUGAUAUACUUUCAGCGCUAUCUCUUGCUAACAAUAAUUAAGAAUAAAAAAAUAAAUAAAAAAAACCUCCCAUCGCUUGUGAACA